AACGAUUUAAAGCUGUCCCUGUGUUUUGUGAGUCACCUCGUGUUGAAGGUCGCUGGCCUCUCUUUAACGGCUACUCUCUCUUUCAUUUCAGUGUGCAAGGAUCCACCAUACAAAGUGGAGGAGUCUGGAUACGCAGGCUUCAUCUUGCCUAUUGAAGUUUACUUCAAAAAUAAGGAAGAACCGAAGAAAGUCCGCUUUGAUUACGACCUGUUCCUCCACCUGGACGGCCACCCGCCUGUCAAUCAUCUCCGCUGUGAGAAGCUCACCUUCAACAACCCGACAGAGGAGUUUCGUAGGAAGCUGCUGAAAGCUGGAGGGCAACGGGAUCCUCACAAACGAAGUUCAGAAGACUCAAAAGUGAUGGUAAUGCAGGAGGGCUCCACCUCCCUGUUCGCCCAGCACCUGAAGCUGCCUAUGCUUCCCAACAGCUCACUGACAUCCACCAUCUCUGAUCCAAAGAAGAGCAAAAGCUUCCAUGGCUCAAAGGACGGCUCCAAAGGAAGCGGUAUCACCCUUCUCACCACCGCCACAACCAACAGCACCAACAGCAGCAGCUUCUCCAAACUCCACAAGCCCUCCAAGGACCACAAAGACAAGCCUCCAAAAGACUUGAAAGAGCCCAAAAGUGCCUUCAGAGACUCUGGCUGGGAACCCAGCAAAGCCCCCAAAGAACCUUCCAGGAAACCCAAAGAGAACCAGCCACUUAGAGAUAUCAAUCCUAAAAUGGGCUUCAAGGAACCCAAGUCUUUGUCCAAGGAGCAUCGGACUGAGGGGACGACUCACGGGUCAGCGCUAAACAAGCGUCUGUCAACCCCUGACGGGGACGAUCACGUGACCAAAAAACGUAAAAAGGGAUUUGUGGAUCCAGCAGGGAAGCAGACGUCUGGGUCAGACGCUCAACAUUUGGAUAAGAAUCUCUUGAAGGAUAGAUCGCAAGUGCGAACGAGUAAACUGCGACCGGAAGGUGACGAGGCAGACCGCAGGAAGGUGUCGACACUGCCGCCAUUCCAGGAACUGGUGGACCCCAAUGACUCGGAUAUGGAGGACCAGUCCACCAAAUCAGAUUCCGAACAGCCCAGUCCAGCCAGUUCCAGCUCCAGCUCAGGCUUUGCUCCCACACACCACAAACGGCAAGUGGUGGACUUCAUCAUCAGGAAAAGGGUGGCUAUUCCUGCCACCACCCACACAGUGCUGGGCCCGCUGCAUUCGGCCAUGCAGGAUCUGCACUCGGAUGACAACGAUGACGAUUCGGACGACGACGACGACAACGACAUGGACUCCGACGUGGAGCGACCAGCACACGCGCAUCUCACGCACCACCAACGCAGGGUCAGUUUGAGUGAUGGCAGUGAGAGUGACAGCUCCUCGGCCUCCCCCCCAUCCCGCAAUGAAGCCCCGCCCAUACUAAAGACUACUGCUAACCAGAUAGUGGAAGUGAAGAGUCCCACCAAGCAGAACAAGCAGGACAAGAACAGAAACAUAGAGUGUGACAAGGCUUACCUGGACGAGCUGGUGGAGCUGCACAAGAGACUGAUGACAUUAAGAGAAGGUCAUAUCUUGCAACAGAUUGUGAACCUCAUUGAAGAGACCGGACACUUCCACAUCACAAACACUACUUUUGACUUCGACCUCUGCUCCUUGGACAGAAGUACAGUGAGGAAAUUGCAGAGCUACCUGGACACCUCGGGACUGUCCUGAGGCUCUGAGCAGCUGGCUGCUGGAUCUCUGUCUCCAUGCAGACGUUUUUGAUUUUUCUUGAAUGAACUCCAACUUUGGAUGCAAUGCAAAAGCCCCACCGUGGCUGGGUCCGGUCUGCUGUGUGUCCGGGCUGCCGGUCGGACUGGGCCCUCUGAGUGAAGAGGUGGUCCCAGAGCCAGGUGUUGUGGGUCAUGAGCCCUGUGGAUCAGGAGAUCACCCAGAAAGCCUUCAAACUUCACUUGAUUUCUUAGAGAGAAAAAAAAAGAAAGUGGUUGCUCUUAAUGAAUGUGCUUAUUGUUACCAUGUAUGUUCCUUGAUUUGUUGUUCAUUGUGACAAAUGCAUGGUCAGCAUUGCCUUACAACAUUGUAGGUCUUAUUUAUUGACUUUAGUGUGUGUGUGUGUGUGUGUGUGUGUGUGUGUGUGUGUGUGUGGGUAAUUGAAAUGGCAGAAAAGUAGAGAAACCUCAGAAAUAGACUUUAUUGAAGCACUUCACAGCAGGCAUGUCUGUAUCUGUGUGACAGUCGAGCAUCACUGAGGACGCUGGAUCUGACUUGAAUGGAAUGUCACCUCUGAAUGGUUCCACUGGGAUCAACAGCAGCAGGUGUGAAGGUGACGCUGAUGACUUUGUAUUGCAGUCUGUUAAAGGAGCAGCCUUGCAGAAAGCACUCCUAUCUAGUGAGGUCGACCUGGAGUCAGUGAAGGGGAGUGGUUUGGUAACGACAAGCUUUUCAUAAAAUAACACGGGGCAUGGUCUGGGUCGGGUUUAAAUACAAUCCAGUAGCCCCAAUUCUGAAAACCAAAUUUGUGGUUUUGAGUUCUGACUGGUUAAAAAUAUCCCAGAUGCAAGCAAACAGCACAAGAAGAGGUCCAGGUUUCUGGGCUUCCCCAUUGGUUUGUGGACUGCCGUUCUGAAGCCUUGAGUUCCGUGAUUUCGCUGUAGCCAUCUUGGAUUAC